AUGAGCCGUUUCAGGAGAAUCGAGUUCGUCGAGCCAUACUCUCCGCCUCCCUUCAUCAGAGAAACCUCCAUUUUGGCUCCCAAAACCCUAGCAUUUCCGUCUUUCUUCGAUGAGGAACCAGACUGCAGCUUCACUUUCGAUUUGCUGGAUCCUACGCCUAGAUUCAGCUCCUUCGAAGUUUUGGACACUGUCACUGAUCUGAUUGAAGUCAAGAAAGCGCCGUCGUUUUUCUCUUACGGCAGGAUCCAUCGGUGUGUGGAGCCGGAGUUUGCAAUACAGAGGUUGUGCGACCGAGUUAGUGUGCCCGAGUCGACGUUCGACCGGCUGAUUGAAAUCAAGAAAACGCCGUCGUUUUGCUCUUACAGCAGGAUCCAUCGGCGUGUGGAGCCGGAAUUUGAAAUACAGAGGUUGUGCGACCGAGUUAGUAUGCUCGAGUCGACGUUCGACAGGCUGAUUAACGCGAGAAUCGGCAGCGAGGACAGGAAGUACACUGUGACGGCGGAGAUCAAGGGACCGGUGGAGCGGAAGUACAAAUGGACGACGGAGAUCAAAGACGGGAAUGAAAAGGAGGAAGAAAAGGAUCAGAAGGGGAGGAAGUACAAAUGGGUAGCUGAGAUUGAACGGAAGAACGAGGAGCGGCCGAUCUCGAGGAAGUACACCUUCGAAGCAUCGAGCGGCCAUGCAGGUGAAGGUAACAAAUCAGAGAAGAAGCAUAAGAAGCAUAAGAAGGAGAAGAAAGCAGAAUGUGAGACACGUAUAGUGGAGAUUGAAGAGCCUGUACCUGCUGAUCAUAGGGCUUUUGUUUUAAGACAGGCUUUUGCCAGAAGAGCUGGAGCAGUUAGAAAUGAGAGGGGCAAGAGAAAGGAGCUGUCUCCUCAAGAUGCAGCUUUGAUGAUCCAAGUGACAUUUAGAGCUUAUCUGAUUCGUAGAUCAAAGGCUCUUCGUUCCCUUAGGGACCUUGCAGUUGCCAAGACUAAGCUUAAGGAGAUCAGAGCAUUGUUCAACAAUUUCUCUUAUCGGGGUCGUGUGGCCCGUGAGCCAGAUGAGCGUCAAAGGUUUUCCGAGAAAAUCAUUGUCCUCCUCCUCACUGUUGAUGCCAUUGAGGGAUCUGAUCUUAUGGUGCGAACAGCAAAGAAAUCCAUGGUGGAUGAACUGGAAGCAAUGCUUGACGUGGUGGAUCCGCAGCCUCCUGGAAAAUCACUUUCUAUGAAGAGAAGGACGUUUGACAUGCCUGAUGGUGUGAUCCAGAAGGAAAUUGCAGAGGGUGUGGCUCAAUUUGUUCAGAUGCUUGACGGUAGUUCAGAUGCUUGAAACUGGAGACUAGCACGUUUGAGGCAUGCUUGUAAGUUAUAAUGAUAUUGUGUUUUAAGGCAUCGGUGUAUCGCCAUUUUUCUAUGGGUUACCUGUUGUUCUAAAUGUUGUUGUUCUGGAAAUGCAUCUAAGUUCGAACUGCAUUGGUAAGUUUGCUCCAUCGUCUAUCUAAAUAGAGUUGUACUUAUCAGAUUGUGCUUAAACUUUGUGUUUUCACGCGCUGAUUUCUUGUGU